UGGGUGGAGAUGCGGACCAAGAUGCGCAUCAUGGGCUUCCGGGGAGCAGCCAUCAAGCCCUUAAAUGAGGUGGCGGCCGCCGAAUUGGGUGCCGAACUGCUGGGGGAAGCCACCAUCUUCAUUGUGGGCGGCAGCUGUCUGAUGCUCGAGUUCUGGCGCCACCAGAGGCACCAACGCCAGAAACAGCUGGAACGGAGCGCCGCCUGGGCCACGCUGCAGGACGAGGUGGAUCACCUGUCGCUCGUGCUAGAGGCCCUGCAGGCACAGGUGCAGGCCGUACCAUCCCAGAGCGCCCUGGAGGAGCUGCGGGCACAGCUGCAAGAUGUGCGCACCCAACUCCAAGUCAGAGAUCCGCCUCCCGAGCCCCAGGCACCACCCAUGCUCUGGGCACCACCCCCAGCCACGCCUCAGGCUCCACCUGGGCCGGAAGCAAAGCCUACAGAAUAG